ACGUUUUGAACAAGCCAUUACAAUAAGAAAUCCGGUCUAAAUUAGGUCUUUCCCGUAAGUGUUGUGGAGAGAAAGAUUAAAAUCACUCAUUAAAUACCUCAGGAAACUAAAUUAAAAAGCUUGUUUAUUUUAACAGGUACUAUCCUUAACUGAUGAUUUCCCUUUAAAGACUAUUUGCUGGUUUUGGGAAACGAGGCUAUUUAAAAACCAGGUUUGUAUACUGGCAAUUAGUUAUUUUACUAGAGCCUGGUGGGGGAAAAAACCCCAUGAGAAUGGAAGCGGGAAGUGCCCAAUUUGCAAAUUACUGACCCAUAUGCUAUUCUUGAUUAGGAGGCACACAGACAUUUAAUCAUGUUCUGAAAUCAGAAUCUGAAGUCAAAUCAAGCCUGCAGUCAUUAUGGCAUUUGAAGUGGUGCAGCACCAGGUUUAAGAGAUCCUGCUCCACGUGAUUAUUGGGAUGGAGAUACCUGGAACUCUUCUAAUGAGGAAUGGACUGAAAGGUUUGAGGGUGAGAACUGGAAAUUCCUCUCUGCCCAACCAAAAGAGAAAGGCGACAUGAGAUGGAUAACUAGUGUAACAAGGCAGUAACAGCAGGAUUUUAUUUUGAUAGAAACUGGACUAAAGCCCCUCAAAUUUCAUAGUUUUUACUCCAAGUCACAUGCACAUUGAAAAGAAAAAGCUACUCUAUACCACCAGAUACUGGUGGAUAAGUGCAGUAGAAACCACAGCAAAGAGAAGAACUAGAAUUUAUACACAAAUACCUCUUGCAAGUCAACAAUUAAACCAUGAAAUCCACAAAGGAAUUAAAGGAAAACUGGCAGGAAACAACAAAGAAGUGAAAUUUGUAGCAAGUCAUUUCAAAACAAAUAAAGGGCAACAUCCUGCCACAACGGGAAGCAGGUGGCAAGAGUCAUCGUGGAACAAAAGCAUCGCUAACAAACACUUGAUACAUUCAAGGCCCAACCUUCACUGCUCAUCUAAGAAUGCUUCAUUUCCUCAAGCUUAGAAGUUUUUUGCGUGGCUGUGGAAAACUUUAUUGCCCCAUUUCAGUUAUGAGGCACGGAAGGGGCUAGCAACAAACAACAAUGGAGCUCACGUGGAAGACCCGGCUUCUAAUUACCUUGAUCUUCCUUUCCUAGACACAGAAAGGCAAUAUUUGCUUUUUGCCAGCCCUCUGACACCUUUUCCCAUCCUCCCAAAGGAGCGGCUACUGGAGAGAAUAAAAGGCAUGGGAUUACAGAGUCCAGGCACUUGGAGCUGAACUUGAUCUUCGAGUCUGAGUUCAUCAGCUGAGCCACAGAAAGAAGCCACUGAGAAAUAUUACAGAGGAACUUCUGCCCCGGGGACACUGCAGCUACAGCCUAGCCACCUGCUUUAAAAGAUAGAGAAGAGAAAACGCUCAAACAUGGUUUGCUUGUGGUUCCUAUCUCUUCUUACUUAUGGACUUACAGUGCUGCAGGGGGUGAAUGGUUGGACAUACCAUUAUUCAGACAGAAACAUGACCUACAGGGAAGCAGAGGAGUGGUGCAAAAAGAGGUAUACUAACAUGGUUGCUAUUCAGAAUAAGGAGGAAAUCAACCAUCUCAAUAAAUUCUUGCCCUAUAACCCGGGUUACUACUGGAUUGGAAUCAGAAAAAUUAAUGAUGUGUGGACCUGGGUUGGAACUAACAAAGAACUGACAGAAGAAGCAAGAAACUGGGCUUCAGGUGAGCCAAAUGGCAAAGGGAACAACGAGGACUGCGUGGAAAUCUACAUCAAAAGAGGGAAGGAUGAUGGCAAAUGGAAUGAUGAACAGUGUGAGAAAAAGAAGGUCGCCUUGUGCUACACAGCUUCUUGCAACCCAUCUCUCUGCAGUGGCCGUGGAGAAUGUAUAGAGACCAUUAACAGCCACACCUGCCAUUGUAACCCUGGGUUCUAUGGCCCCGAAUGCGAGUUUGUUGAGAGUUGUGACCCACUAAAGGAACCUGAUCACGGGAGCCUCGAGUGCAACCAUCCUUUGGGCAACUUCAGCUACAACUCGUCCUGCACAGUUCAGUGUGAGGAAGGCUACGAACUGACUGCACUGCAAUCUGUACACUGCACCUCCUCUGGGGUCUGGUCUGCCCCCCUUGCAGCAUGCAAAGCUGUGACCUGUCCUGCCUUGGAAAUGCCUGCCCACGGUGCUGUGAACUGCUCCCUUCCCUCUGAGGAGCUCACCUGGGGCACUGUCUGCGAGUUCAGCUGUGAGGAAGGCUUCACCCUGACAGGACCAGCCACCCUGCAGUGUGGGUCUUCUGGGGCCUGGGACAGGCAGCAGCCAUCCUGUGCAGCUGUGAGGUGUGAGGCUGUACCGUGGCCAGAAGAAGGCUCUGUGACCUGUGAUCGUGCAGAUCUCACCUAUGGCUCACGCUGUGAGUUCCACUGCCAUGAGGGCUACGUUCUGGAAGGGCCGUCCAGCACUGAGUGCACGGCACAGGGACAGUGGUCAGAGCCAGCGCCAAAAUGCAAAGCUGUGACCUGUCCUGCCUUGGAAAUGCCUGCCCAUGGUGCUGUGAACUGCUCCCUUCCCUCUGAGGAGCUCACCUGGGGCACUGUCUGCGAGUUCAGCUGUGAGGAAGGCUUCACCCUGACAGGACCAGCCACCCUGCAGUGUGGGUCUUCUGGGGCCUGGGACAGGCAGCAGCCAUCCUGUGCAGCUGUGAGGUGUGAGGCUGUAAGGUGGCCAGAAGAAGGCUCUGUGACCUGUGAUCGUGCAGAUCUCACCUAUGGCUCACGCUGUGAGUUCCACUGCCAUGAGGGCUACAUUCUGGAAGGGCCAUCCAGCACUGAGUGCACAGCACAGGGACAGUGGUCAGAGCCAGCGCCAAAAUGCAAAGUUGUACAGUGUGAACCACUGAGCGCUCCUGAGAAAGGCUUUAUGGAUUGCUCACACGGCGCUGGGCUGUUCACCUACAACACCUCCUGCCACUUCAGCUGUCUUGAAGGAUGGAGUCUCAAUGGCUCUCAUGUUCUGGAGUGUGGUCACUCAGGAACCUGGAGUGCCAGCCUGCCCACAUGUGAAGCUCCUGAACUGGUCAGCUACGUCUCUGUGGGCAUAGCAGCCACCUCUGCCUCCCUGCUGUCCACCGCGUCCUUCCUCCUUUGGCUGGCAAAACGCUUCCGGAGAAAAGCAAAGAAAUUUAUUCCUUUCAGUAACCAGCAUGAAACAGCCACUGAGGGUAUUUUCCAAAGUGCUGGCCAGAAUGUCUAACUCAGGAGUUUCAGGAAUUGAAGCCACCUUUGUCUCAGAUUUCUGGAAAAUGAAGCUGCAUGCAAAUCAGCAGCUGUCCAGAUGUUUUUACCUCUUGCAAUACAAAAGACCUUGUGUGUUUGCUCAGAAAUUCUGAGCUCAAGCUGUCGGGUAUUUCCACUGAAGACAAGCAGAGAGUAAAACUCUGGCCUUCUGGCAAAAUACUGUCUACAUUCAGUCAUGUUAGUUAUGAUAACUGGGAGUUUGCCAUCUCCUGUCCAGAUGGUGAGCAAAGAGUGCACUGCUGCCUAAAGAGGAGGCUGGUUCCUCCUCUGCUCUACUCAAAGGUACCGAGGUGAAGUGAAGACAUGCAUUAUUUCACAUCACUUACUACACUGCUGGAGGUGUCUUCUCUGGAGUCAUAUGGGUUAUGCUGGCAGAAACAGAAUAAUCAGGAUGAAAAAUUGAAUGGCUUUGAAACUACUGAUCCUGGUUUGUGGAAGUCAGUUUAAGGAGAUGUCCGAGUCAAUAAAUGUGCCUGUACUGAUAUGGGCAAUUAUUUGGGUUCCUGCUGCGUAUCCCAAAAAACUGGGGGACUUUAAACCCUCUGUUUUUUAUUUCUGGUUCUUUUUGUAAUAGCACUAGGAACCAUAGUGCUUAUAAUACAAGGUACUCUGGUUUCUAAAGGCAGCUGGUAGAUCUGAAAUUAUCUCAUCCCUGUGGGAUUAUGCACUGUAAUACAUGUAUAUACAUAUGUAUUUAAUUCUUAACUUUUACUGAGGAUAUUUCUGUGCUGUUAACUGUAAUGUAAAAUACUUGUUCUUGAGUAAGUCAGUCUGUGGCCAUUGAUCUUGGCCCAAGUAAUUUCAAAAUAAUUUGUAGGUGUUUGUAUGGAUUUCCUGCCUGUGUACUAUUUACAAAUAAAAUGGAAGCCUGAGAUUUGUAUGUCUAGAAAGUCUUUCUUAAAUUAUGUUUAAGUUAUGAUUAUAAAUUAAAAAUCUCUGAUUUAAUUCUGGUAUGUAUUGUCCUGUUUGUAACAUUAUUUAAUAA